AUGAACGACCUCGCUCAAGCCGUCGCUUUCCUCGAAUCACUAAGCCUUGCUCAUGGGGACUUACGACCGGAAAACAUCUUGAUCGAUCGCAACCGGCUAAAAUUAUCCGAUUUCGAUUGUACCGGGAAAUUUGGGACGGAUUUCGAAGCUUGUGUACCACCGUAUGGAAGAAUUCUAAACGGCCACGAAGCAGAUCAAGGAGAACGUGGAACUGCUGGCUUCCUAUGCCCUCGUACUGAGCUGUUUGCUCUCGGCUCUUUAUAUUAUCUGAUCAACUACGGCUUUGAGGUUUAUGAUGAUCGAUAUCUUACCGAGGAAUGGAAGGAGCAGGGGCGUAAAGUUGUGCAUUUGCUGCAAAGCAUGAUAUUCCCAAAUCUAGACGGCGAUCCGCUGAUUGAUGCUAUCAUCGACAAGUGUUGGCACAACAAGUAUGCUACGGUGGCGGAACUGGCUGCAUAUACAAAGGGGCUUCUUACUAAAGCGACUAGCGAGGUAAUAAAGGCCGAGCUAGCCAAUGACCAAGAUAUCAAUGGCGAUAGUUACGGUGAUGUGGAUCAAAACCAGCCGGUGGAGGAUUCUCUUUUCAAAAAAGGAUUAUGUCAGGAUUUGGAGCAGCGUGGGCUUCUUCACUUGCUUUCUUCGGAUGAGCCCCAGAAGCUCGGAUUUACUUGCGAGUGGUAUAGGCACGCAUCUUGA